AUGUGUCGGGUCCCUUUCCACCUGAGGCUCUUCGGGCCGUGGCUCGCCGCCGCUGCGGUCCUGGUCCUCGGUCAGGACGCAGCAGAUAAGGCAAAGUUUGGUGACCCUAUCAACGUCCUCGGCAGUGUAAGUGCAGUCCAUCGUCCAAGAUCCAAUGCUUUACAUCUACUAAACACAAGCCCCCAACAGAUGGAAAGAACGGACCAAGACUUUCAAGAUGGCUUAGCUCUAGAUCUCUUCUCACCCAAAAACCUCACGCUGGUCGUCCAACAGAACCUCAUGCCUCUACCGGGCAACUUCGUGACGGGCACCACGGGCGGACCCUUCAUGGCGCUGCAGAACUACUCGUACGUCAUCAGCCUCAACGAGUCGGUAGACGACCUCAUCGCCAAGAUCGAGAUCCCCUACGACCCGACGGCGCUCGCCUCGAUCGGUAUUCAGGAGAGCAAUACGUACGUCGGUACAUUGGCUGGGGAUAAGAAAAGCUGGAUUGUCAACGAUGCGACGCGCAACGUUUAUAGAGAAGAGAACAAUACCAGGAUCAUCAAGAUGACGUCGCUCCAGGGCGAGUAUAUUCUGCUUGGACGGAAGACGGAGGAUACAGCCAACGAGUUUGUGCAGUACGGUCAGGGGGCUACAAGGACGGUCAACGUCACGGCGGGAAACCGACAGGAAGCGGAGUUCAUCGACGGCUUGAGGCUGAGUGUUGUGCCGAGUACCAACAUGGGCAUCAGCAUCGAUAUCGUCAAUGGGAUUUCACCAAAGGCUGUUCCGCCGGGGUUGGUGCCAGUUAACAGCUUUGCUUGGGUUGUCAACUCGAGUUCCCCUGGCGCGCCUAUGCUCGCAGACAUGAAGUUUCCGUGUAAGUGCUUCUACGAAAGUGCCCUCGGAUAUAGACGAGGUACCCUUGGACUGACAAUCUGGCUUUUAGUCAAUCCUUCUAUGCUUUCCGCCGUUCGAGGGUUCGUCCGGCCGGCCCCAGUCCGGGUGGCGAAGAAGGCACUUGGAACCACUGCUGAAGUACCAUUCCAACUCAUGGCUGGUGAGAUUGUUGAGAUCUUGCCAGACAAUUCGGUUACUAUUCCGAAUGUGACCCAAGUAGACGGCCAGUAUGUUCUGCUUAUGGUAUCAUAG